AGAUCGAGGACGGGGCCGAGGGCCUCGAGGACCCGGGUUUUCCGUCGCGCGACGCGUCGCGUUCGCGUCGACGUUUUUCGAUUUUAAUACGUGGGGCCCCGCGCGCGAGAGAGAGCCCCCACUGGCUUGGCAGAUACACCCCGAUAGAUGACGAUACGACGACGACGAUGACGACGGUGUGCGCCCCAUUGUUUACUCGCACGUUUCCCGGAGCGCACGAGACGACACGAUAAUCCAACGUAAAUGAGCUGAACCCCGUGAAAAUGAGCUCGUUACAGCAAGGGAACAGAUUUAUGCCCUUCUCGAACAGUAAUUUACAAAGGAAGCAGCUGUCCAUGCAAGGUGGUCUUCCUCAGAGCUUGAGUGGUAGCGAGACCGAUGUUUCCACAUCCAACGAGAAUCUGAGCAACGAGGAGAGAUACGUCAUAAGGCACACGGCGAGGCAAGAACCGCAGGGUCAGGAGAAUCAGCAGCAGAGUCCCUCUAGGUCUUCCAGUCACAAGGAGAACAUACCAAAUAUUCAGGGCAACUUACACAACAGAAACAGUUUGAAAGACAGCUUGAACGGAUCUAACAGGAAUAGUCUAAAGGAAAGUUUGAACGGUUCCAAUCGGAACAGUCUGAAAGACAGCAUCAAUGGAUCCAAUCGGAACAGUUUGAAGGACAACCUGAGUAAUCGCACCAGCGGUUCGAACAGGAGCAGUCUAGACGUCUCGACGAGUUCUUACAACACAUUAAUUAUACAUAAUGCCAACGACGACAGCUCGUGGAUACCAUCUGGAAGGCUGUCUGGUAUAGUGAGAGAACAUGGAGACAUGGGAUACUUGUACUGUGACGGGAAGGGUCAUUCCAACAGUCCCACCAUACAAUCUUUGUCGAAUCUGCCGCACGAGGACUACGUCCACGAGCAGUCUGGUGGUGGUUGCCAAGAAAUUACGGAUAUCCCAGACGAUUAUCUCAAUCAAUCUCAGGUCUUGAAACAUCUAGCAAAGGAGGUAAAAGUGCCGCCGUACUCUAACAACAGUGGUAGUCUGGACAUGAGAUUAGGAGAGAUGAGAAUAAGGGAUGGCGACAGGGGGAAACAGAAUGAUAGCGAGUAUGAAGGUGGAUCAACGUGCUACAUACCCACUCUGUUUAAAACCAAACACAGAUUCUUCGGACCGACAGAGAAGCUGACGGUGUCGCGAUCACAACCGGAUCUAUCCAGAAUCAAGGCGGACAUCGACAGUUACAAUCUUCGAACAACGUCGCCUCGACCUCAGACCAAGGGAAGGGAGGAGUUGGAAAGGGAGAUGGGCGAGGUAUGGCCGUCGUCGGAGAUGAUUCAGAUAGUGAUCCAGGAGAACAGCGCGUUGAAGCUCGAGCUAAAGCACUGCUACAACAAGGUCGCCAAAACGCAGAAACUGGAACAGGAGAUAGCGAAAGUGCAUCGCGUUCACGAAGAGCUCGCGGCGUCCUGCGAGCGACGGGAAAAGUUAGAACGUGCCGCUCGAAUGAGGCUGCAAAACGAGUGCCGUCGAUUGACCGAACUGAAUCGUGCGUAUAGAGACCAGAUCGACCUACUGUCCGCGCGUACGGACAGCCCGCCGAUCGUCGAAACGAUGCGAAAGGAACUGACGCAACGUGAACUGCUCAUUGGACAGCUCAUCACUCAGAAUAAAGAAUUGACCGCUGCGAAGGAGAGACAGGAGAUCGAGUUAGCAGCCCAGCGGGCCACUUUGCAGGAACAACGUACGCACAUCGACAUUCUGGAUAACGCGCUGACGAAUGCACAAAGCAAUGUCGUGCGACUAGAAGAAGAGUGUCGAAAGAAACAAGUGUACGUGGAGAGAGUGGGUCAGCUUCAGCGGGCCUUGUCUUCACUUCAAGCGUCUAGCGAUAGACGAGAAGAGACCGAGAGACAACUGAGAGGUCAGCUGGAGAGGGAAUUGCGCGAGGGCGGUGGUGGAGGUAAUGGCAACGAACAGAUGCCGAACGGCGAGACGAUCGCGGAUCUGAAGCGACGAUUGCGCGAGCGGGACGAGAAGAUCAUGUCGCUCGAGGGCGACAUCGCAAAGUGGGAACAACGCUACCUCGAGGAGAGCGCGCUGAGGCAAGCGGCCAUCGAUGCUGCCAGUUUACCAAAAGACGCGAAGAUCGCCGCUCUGGAAAAGACUAGUCAGGACGCGGAGAAAUUAAUCGCUGAGGCACGCUCGGAGAAAAUGAGGCAUAUGGACGAAGUACACGCUGCGCAGAAGAAAUUGGCCGAUCUCGAAUCUAGAAUGAAGGAUUUGGAGUCCAAGCUAGCUGAGAGAGAUGCUAUGAUCAGGGUGCUACAGAAACACACGUACGACAAAGCGGACAGCAGUAGCAGCAGCGGCGUGGGCAGCUACCCCGCCGCGCACUCGUCUCACUCGAGCACGUCGGCAGAUCACCAUACCACGCUGACGAGCACGCCAGAACUCGUGAGCAGCGUACUUGGCGGCGGCAGCGGUUACGGCAGCACCGGCUCGUACGGCGUUACCGACAGUUAUAAGUAUAGAAAGCAGGGCAGCUUUGAGCAGACUAAUAAGAGUCUCGAUGAUCAACUGAAAGAGCUAGACUCUCAGCUGCUUAGCAAGCGGGCACUUUGCUGUUUUCCAGGAUUCUCUAAUCCAGGCACUGCGUCGCGAAAAGGAAAAAUACCAAAGCCACUACUGGCGGGUGUAGAUAGCACAGGUACCUCGAGCACCGCCUCGAGUAAGAGUCGGCUGCUGGACGACUCGUCCGGCAGCGCUGGCGACGUGGUGUCGUCGAGCAUACUCGAGUUCGCGAAUGCGGCGGCCAGGCUGAAGGGUACUAUCUCACGGCUCUCGGACGGCGCCGGCGGCGGUGGUGGUGGUAAACCGACCGAGGACAUGAUGCUGCUCGAGAAGCAGGGCAGAAGCUCGCAGCGGCAGCGGAUGGCGGUGGAGGUGGGCGGCGAGCCUCGACGCGCCGGUAGUCUACCACCCAGCUCGUUGCCGCGACCACCAAGGGCACUCAAGGCGACCAGCGCUAACUCCCGCUAUUGCCGUCUGAGCGACACGGAGACCCGCAAGAAGUCGGACCCAGGACCGGGGAUACUGGACGCGUCGUCGACGAGCGGCGCGAGCGGCGGGGGCGGUGGCGUGAAGAUGACCCGCGACUCCUCCGGCAACUGUAGCAUCGAAUAUGGGAGAUUCGACACCGGCACCGCCGUCGCCGCGAAGGCGUCGCGCAGCAAGAAGAAAACCUCAGUGGAGAACUUCCUGGUAAACAGCUCGUUGAAAAAGUCGGUCGGCUCGGGUGGCGGAGGCAGCGGAGGCAGCGGAGGCAGCGGCGGCGGCGGCCACGAGUACGAGAGGCUGCAGUCUGACACGAUGAUCAGCAAUCGCAAGAAGUCGUUGGCCGGUGGAAACAGUUGCGCCGCGGCACUGGAAUCGACGGUGAGGCACCGGGAGAUGCAGAGCCGCUCGUAUCCGCCGCCGCCAUCGUCGUCGUCCCGCACCCGCAUCAUCGGCGAGUACGGCCGCCUGAGCGACGGCGCGACCACCUCGGUAGCGGCAGCUGCGACGGCAGCCGCCGUCGCCGUUCUCAAGGGCGGCGGUAAUACACUGAGGAAGCAGACAGGUGGAACAGGCGGCUCCUCCCGCGGACAGAGCACCGGCAGCACCGUGAGCAGCAAGAGCGGCCGCGACUCCGGCGGGACCACCGCCAGCAGCGAGGCGUCGACGGCCUCCUUGCCGCCGGUCAAGGCGAGGUCCAUACCGCGCCCCAGCAACUACCGCAUCCAGUUCUGAACGGCCCGUAUUUGUGCGCGACACCUCGGCCGAGAGACGUCCGGUAUCUCAGCAUCAAUCUCGCUGGAACACAUGGUCUCGAAACGCACGACAAAGUAUCGUCGGUCGAAUACUAGUGUAUCGUACCUGAAUUGAUAAUUUUGAAAGGGAUAAAUGACUUUGGCAGAUUCGUUCUUCCGGUUUCAAAUCUAAAUUAUUAAAAUUUCAGUUUAUAGUCUAGACGAAUUCUCUCUCUCUCUGUCUCUCUCUCUCUCUGAAUUUUACAUGUGUAAUCGCAAUUCUCGAGAGAGAGAAUCUCAUUAUUCCGCGAUUUUAAUUUCAAUUUUAAUGUAACUGUUUAUAAUUGUUAAAUCCUAAUCCGGGAAUAGUCAGUUUUUUUUUAUGUAAAUGAUCUAAGAUAAUUUUUACACCCCAAUUAAAAAUUAGUACUAAUUAUAUAAUGUAUAUAACACAAAUAGGAAAAGAUAAGUCUUUAUCAAAGUGGAUUUUGAUACCUAAUAUUUUCUGCGUGAUUUUAUAUACAUUUUCUAUGAACUACAGUUCUAUGAACUACACGUCAAAAAUUGUAUCGGUUCUGAAAUGCCUUAACCGAAACUGGAAUAGUGAUAUCACUAAUUAAAUUCAUAAAUAAUUUAAUAAUAAUAAUAAUACUAAUAGUAAUAAGGAUCCUAAAACACUGCAAAGAAUUUAUUAAGAAAUAUUAAAUAUCAGUAAAAAAUAUUACAUAAUAUACAUAUUGUAAAUUAUGGAUUGUGCCUUACAAUUUAUACUAGAAAGCAUUUGAGACCAUUAUAUAUAUAUAUAGAUUUAUUCAAUAUUUUAAAAAAUGAGACAAAAUAAUAGGAUAGAUUAGUAAAGAAAACUAUUGUGAUUUUAUUUUUUCGCUGAUGGGGUGUAAAAAUCACUUCACAUGACUAUUCUCGGGUUAGUUACACAGUUUACAAAAAAAAAUAAUUUUAGAACAGAAUUGAUGUAGAUUUUUGAAUGUUAAAAAUGAAUCAAGCCUUCACAUUUAUAUAUUAUAUCAGGAUUUCAAGAUUAAUAAAUUAAAACUAAUUAAUAAAUUAAACUAACUUUUCGUUCCAUUUAAGAUUAGAAAAAAAUUUUUUGUAGACUUGUGCUAUUUAACUAUGUGAAUAUUAAAAUUGAAACACGACCAUUGAACCGUCUCGCGUUUCGAGACUACCACGUUUCGUCGACUAGAAAUUUCUCUCGAGUCUAAGCGGAAGCUGUUUCACGUUUUCGAGACCAGAUUCGUGCGUAACGGCGCAUAAAUACGGGAGUCGUUAAGUGCGAGUUCGGCGCCGAGCGUAAAGUACAAGCCUUCACGAGACAAUCGUCGAGUCUCGAUUAUGUAAUAAUCGUAAACACGAGCUUACGACGCAACGUAGGCAACGCGAUGCGAAGGAUGGCCAUAACGGGGGGAAGCGCCCUAAGCUGGCGCGUCGCGCCAUUACGAUUACUAUUCAUUAUUUUAGUAAGCCAAUCGCCAGGCCAUAACGGACGCACGAACACCACGACCUAUGACUAACGUAGCGACGUAGUAUAUAUGACCUAGUCAUUACCAAAGUAACUCUAUCUCUCUGUAGAAUUAGGAAAGAAGAAUUGUCUUCCUUGAAAUGCUUCAAGCGCGUACAACGGCGGCCUUUUAGGGGGAGACACGCUCCCCCGAAUGCGAAGUGCCUUUCUCGCGGAUUGCCUCCUGGCGAUCCACCUAUCGUUGAAAACGUCCUCAGUUGUGCGUCUCCGUUUUCUUUUUCCGCGAACGAAAAGAGAGACCGCAUGUCGAAGGUAAUUAUUUCCUCUUUCGAUGGAAGCAUUGUUACGAUUCCUCAACUCAGAAAGUUUUGAUUGAUAACACAGUUCAACAAAGAGAUGACACCAGAGACUGGUCAUUUUGUGUAGUCUUUUGGACGCUGAAUACGAAUCCGGUUACCAUGUUUCUCCGUCACGUAACAAAUUUGAGAAAUUUGCAGUUAAAGUUAUGAAAAAGGGUUACUUCCACAUAUCAUACUAUCACUACAAUGUAUAAUGAAAAUUUUUAUUCCAAAGAAAAUUAAUUAGAACUUCCAAUUCUCAAAAGGAAUUUUUGUAUGGGGUAUAAUUAAUUAGUUUUACCCUAUGUUUCUUUAAACUUGAGUUUUUUUUUUAAUCAUUGAAAUUGUGAAGUGAUUGAGCAAUUUGGGAACCGAAUUUGUACUCGACAUCCAAAAAAUCACAGGAAAUGAUUAGGUACAUUUUGGAAAAAGUCAUUUUUUGUUGAACUGUGCAAUUAAAUCUGAGCACCGAGAAUGGAAGCGGGAGAGACCGAGUCGCGAAUGGGAUGACACCGCGACGACGCGACUGCUUCUCGUCCUAGCGACAUGUUCCCACCCUCGCGCGUUUCUCCUUUCUCUCCUCUCGUCAUACCGGAGAUACGCACAAAGCGUAACGCACACGCGCUCUGUUCUGAUAUAGAGACGAUACUUCUUUUCGCGUAGCUUUAUAUCGUAAUGUGUAGCAAUCCUCUUCCUGGAAAUCACGUAGGUAUAGAAAGUCGGAUUAUCUCAUUUACCUAGCUGUUAUUUUAACGUUACUAUUUUUUCAGGGCGCACGACGAUUAAGAUAGUCCUCCUCCCCCGCGCUUAGAAGUUAAAAACGAAGCGAAAUGAAGAACGCCAAAGUGUAAAAUUUUACUAGAUUUUUACUAGAUGUAUCAUCUUCUGCGAUAUAUUUAGAUAUUGUUACGUCUGUGUUUUGUCCCACGAGAAAAAGAUCUUUUCUAGGAAUAUAUAGAUGAUAAGCAAGAUUUUUCUCAAAGUCUAAGCGAGUCUAACAUGACUUUCGGAUAUGUGAGUGAUUUUUUUGAUUUACCGAUUAAUUUGUUAAUCUCUUGAAUCGGUUUCCUUUAUUGAUGCGACUAUGGUAAUGCCAGCAAAUUAAAAAAAAAAAAAUAUAUAUAUAUAUAUAUCGCAGCAGAUUAUAUAUAUUUGCGUACAUAAAUAUUAUACAAGAUGAUUCUUAAUUAUGUUAAUACUCUUCAGAGGUGAAAAUGUCAUGUUUUGAUGUUUCGAUUAAUUUUCAUCAAUUUUAUUCAAAUUUUUUUUUAAUAUU